UAUUUCACUAAUUACAUGCCACUACUUGAAAUUGUCUUUUUUCAUCAGUCUAAUACGCCCUUGAAGCUUAACCGGAAAGAUUACCACACAUUUCUGAGAAAUAUAUCAUCACCUUUCGGGAGUCGAGGGUUUACGCAAUUGUCUCUUGGUUAAACACACUUCUCACCGUUAUUGAUCUGUUCAAUUACGACCGACAAUUCAAGUAUUGCUGAAUUUCACUGCUAUUUCGGAUACAAAACUUGCUGAAUACCUCUGCUGAAAAUGUCCUAUCACGUCAAGAGUGCACAAGAGCUCGAGGACAAGCUUAAAGAAGCGGAGUCUAACCUCGUAGUUAUUGACUUCUACGCCACGUGGUGUGGCCCUUGCAGGAUGAUUGCACCGAAGCUCGAGGAAAUGGCAGCUUUGUAUCCUGAUAUUAUGUUUUUGAAAGUUGAUGUCGAUGAAUGUGAGGAUAUAGCCGCAACUUAUGAAAUUAGCGUUAUGCCCACGUUUAUUUUCAUCAAAGAAAAACAAAAAAUUGAAUCAUUCUCAGGGGGCAAUUAUGAAAAACUGAAAGAAGUCGUCAUACGAUUGAAAUAAUGCAUCACUGCCGCUAUUUUUUUUUUUCACUCUACCAAUUUACUGCAUCAUUUUUCUAUGCUAGCACAAUAUUAACAUUUAAUAUCUUAAAAAUAAAUGUAUUAAAAAGUUGAC